UCUCUCUCUCGUCUGUCCUCACUAGCUAUCUAUCUCCAUUAUAGAAGCUGCAGUUUGUCCACUUUCGCUUUUCGCUAAGAGCCGUCCCCGUCGUCGUCGUACUUAGGGAGUGUCGAGAUGGCCGUGGUUGAUCGUAUAAUCACACUUCCCGAGUUCAGAGUCCCGACAGCCAUGCCGAGCUUUCGUGGGGUCGCCCCUGAACUGGCGACGCCCGUUUUCGAAGACAAGAUUUAUGUCGCGGUCGGGAAGGAUGAGAAAGAGGGCAUAGCGAAGCUUGUUUAUGCGAAGCAACAAUCGGGAGGCAACGUCAAGAUCUGUAUCAUUUAUGUUCUAGUUCCUUCACAAACGAUCCCCAUGGGAGUCCUGGGUGCCGAAAUGCCGGCGAACUCGGCGAGCGAGGUGAUGUUGAGAGAACACAGAGAAAAAGAGAGGAUUAUCAUGCAUAAUAUAUUGGAUAACUACCUUCGCGCUUGUCAAAAAAUGAGGGUACCAGCUGAGAAAGAGUACAUAGAAUCAGAGAGUGUUCAAAAGGGAAUCGUCGAGCUCGUACUUUUGCACGGGAUCAGAAAGCUUAUAAUGGGUGCAGCGGAAGACAGGCGAUAUUUCAAGAAGAUGACUGAAAUCAGGUCCAAGAAAGCUAUGUUCGUUCGCGAUAAAGCAGACAUCUCUUGUCAAAUUUGGUUUAUUUGCGACGGGCACCUCAUUUGCACAAGGGAAGCUCAAACAGGUCAAGUCAUUGUGGAAGUUCCUACUGAUGCACCAUCUCCGACGACUCCAACCCGUGGAGCUGGAAAGUUGGCUCUCUGGAAAUCGCGAUCCACCCCGCCUCAGAGGAGUGGUACGGCGAAGUUCCAUCCAUUUCAAGAAAUUCUGAGAAGAGCCUUCUCCUCGAGCGCGGAUCGACGUGCAGUGGCGCCAGCAACUUCUCCUUCCCCAGAUAGCAGUCCUUCCGAGCAGCCUAAUGUGGCGAGCAUGCUGGAGUGGCCAGACACUCCCCUCGAACACAUAAGAAGUCUUUCCCCUCAUCCGCAGUUGAUUCAGUCGGUCUAUCAUACUGCCCAGUCAUCAAUUUCCAACACUCUGGAAUAUCAUACCGGCGUGCCAGAAGGGCUUGAGGAGGGAGUGACGACUCGUGCUGCAUUAGAAGUAGAUAUCAUUGAAGGCGGGCAAAAGGAUCCCAGGAAGUUGGAGGAAGAACUUGAGAGGGUCAAAGAUCAGCAAAACAAAGUGAUGGAAGAACUUUGCGUUGCCCUGGAACAGAAAUUGCAGCUCGAGAGCCAAUUCGCCGAGACCGAUGAGAGCAGAAAGGAGUUGGAGCAGAAAAUCGUCGCAGCCAAUGAAAUGUUGCGGACCUAUAGACAAGAGCGAGAGCUGUUGCGGAUCGAACUCGACAACGCGCUCCAAAAGGUCGAGGAAGUGAGCAGGAGAAAAGGAGAUUCCUCAGGCACAAAGUACUUCUCCGAGUUCUCCAUGACCGAAAUCAAGGAAGCUGCGCAGAACUUUGACCCGUCCUUAAAGAUUGGAGAAGGCGGUUGCGGGAGUGUGUAUAGAGGCUUCCUUCGAAAUACGCCGGCGGCAAUAAAGGUCAUUAAACUUCAUAGCAUGCAUAGUUCACAAGAAUUUCAACAGGAGGUAGAUGUGUUGAGCAAGGUGAGGCAUCCCAAUCUCAUCACGCUCAUGGGCGCUUGUCCCAAGCCCUGCACUCUUGUUUACGAAUAUGUACCGAACGGUAGCCUUGAAGACUGGCUCCGCAGCAGCACCAGGGCGAAGCAGUUGCCAUGGCAAGCACGGAUACGCAUUGCCACGGAGCUCUGUUCGGUCCUGGCCUUCCUCCACUCUUGCAAGCCUCACAGCAUCGUCCAUGGGGACGUCAAACCAGCGAACAUCCUACUGGAUGAACACUUUGGGAGCAAGCUCAGCGAUUUCGGUAUCUGUCGAUUGCUGUCCAGCGGUGAGCAAUCAAGCAACAAUACCACGGUCCUUUACACAACCGACUUGAAAGGGACGCUUGGGUACAUGGACCCCGAGAUCCUCGUCACGCGAGAGCUCACAACGAAGUUCGACGUUUAUUCUUUCGGGAUUAUACUGCUGCAGUUAUUGACGAGGCUGCAUGCCCUAGGAAUAGCGAACGAAGUGCGAAUGGCAAUCAGUGCAGGGACUUUGGAGGACAUCUUGGAUCCAUUGGCUGGAGAGUGGCCCUAUAUGCUAGCCAAGGAGCUGGCUCAUUUGGCUUUGAGGUGCUGUGAGAUGAGCAGAAGGAAUAGGCCGGAUCUCCAGUCAGAUGUGUGGACGUUGCUCCAAUCGAUCGGAGCUUCCUCUCGAUAAACCUAGAAUGCUGCAUACUUAGGAAUCGAGUUAUAUACAUGUUUGGAUGUGUGCUUUCAACUUAAGUAAAUUCACGUAUUGUGUGGCAAUCGUCAGCGAGUACCGACCGGCGACCGGUUUUUGUGAAUAUAUACAUAUAUGUUUUGCUACGUCAGGUAUCAAGUUAUCUACUCAAGAGUUGUUCCUGCAUGUAAUCACCAUUGUUCUUAAAAAUAGAGUUUGCUCAGUUCUGCACAAA